AUGUCGAACAUGCAAUACGAUUACAUUAUCAAGUAUAUUAUUAUCGGAGACUCGGGCGUCGGCAAGCUGUCUAAUAGUGUGGAGUUUGGAGCUCGGUUUGUCAACGUCGAGGAUAAACGAAUCAAGCUCCAGAUCUGGGACACGGCGGGUCAAGAAUCGUUUAGGAGUAUAACGAGGAACUAUUAUCGCGGUGCCGUUGGUGCCCUUUUAGUUUAUGAUAUCACUAGGCGUGAGACGUUUGAACACCUCUUGAUGUGGCUGGAAGAUGCGCGCCAACACUCUACAUCAAAAACAACCUACAUGCUAAUCGGAAACAAAUGUGACCUGGAAGGCAAGCGAGCCGUGAGUUACGAAGAAGGCGAAGCAUUCGCUAGACAACGUGGUUUAUUCUUCAUGGAGACAUCUGCAAAAACUUCGGCAAACGUUGAGGAAGCAUUUGUAAACAUUGCGCAUGAUAUCCAUGAGAAGAUUAAAGCCGGGAUUAUUGAUGUUAAUAAUGAGGCUAAUGGGAUCAAAGUUGGCCGUUUCAAUCCCCCUCGUGGCAACGGUCGUGGGCGUCCCGUUAAUUUGCUUAAAAGUAGUGAUAGUGGCGGUGAUGCUUCGACGCUUAGUUUAGCUCAAAUCCAGUCAUCGGAUGACGCAGAGCUAUAUAAAACGGCAUACAUUGACGUGAAACAAAAUCGUUACUUGGUCGAUAACGAUCCGGGAGCACAUUAUGCGGGAUCAAGCAUCCGUGUCGUAAAUAGUGAUGGUUUCCGCAGAGGAAGAAUCGAUUAUGAAUCAGUAGGCGUGCUAAGGACUAAACCAGGACGAGCAGAUUCCGAACCUACGCUUUCAAUGUCGUGUAGUGACAAAAUAGCAUUAUGGAAUGUCGUAGGCCUUCAGUCUGCUUUGCUUUCGGAAUUAAUUGAGCCAAUUUAUUUGUCGUCUAUAGUCGUUGGAGACAUGUUUGAUCAUGAUUCACUGGCUAGAGCCUUUUACGGGAGGUGUGAAGGAGUGCAAGCUAUGGUUUGGGCGAAAGGCUUCACGACAGCAGAAAUCCUCGUCUCCGGUCGUAAACAAGGAGCAACCAAGGGCACGAAUGGAAAGUAUCCCUCUAAAACAAGGUAUAUAUUGGCAACGGCUGAAUUGGGUUUUCUCACAGACAAGUUCUCAUUAUAA